GCACUGAAGGAAGAACGUGACAAUGCGGCACUCAGUGCGCAUGCGCCGGACUACAGGAAGCGUUAACAUUUUCUUUAACCAGCUGAUAGCCAAAUUGUCAACAGUUAAGCUGCGAUCCCUGCGCCGCUGAGACCACAGUACACACGACAAAUCGAGGAGUGACGAGAGGUCAAGACACCACCGGAGAGACCUGACUACACUCCUGUUUGGAAGGCAGUGCAAGUGCUCCGCUCCAGGGAGGAGGCCCAGCCCCCCUGCCGUCUCCUACACAGGGCCGGUAUGAGCUCCAGAGGGAGUGGAGGCCGCACCAACGGCACACUACCACAGACCAAGAUCUGCCAGUUCAAGUUGGUGCUGCUGGGCGACAUGGCUGUGGGCAAAUCCAGCCUGGUGCUGCGUUUUGUCAAGGGACAGUUUGAUGAGUUCCAGGAGACGACCAUAGGAGCUGCUUUCCUGGCUCAGUCCGUGUGUCUAGAUGACACCACGGUGAAGUUUGAGAUCUGGGACACUGCAGGACAGGAGCGAUACCACAGCCUGGCUCCCAUGUACUACCGUGGUGCUCAGGCUGCUAUCGUUGUCUUUGACAUCACCAAGCCGGAGACCUUUGAGAGAGCUAAGGCCUGGGUGAAGGAGCUGCAGAGGCAGGCCAGUCCUAACAUUGUUAUUGCCCUGGCCGGAAACAAAGCUGACCUGGCAGAGAGGAGACUAGUAGAGUAUGAGGAGGCCCAGACGUAUGCUGAAGACACUGGCCUGCUUUUUAUGGAGACCUCUGCCAAGACAGCCAUGAACGUAAAUGAGCUCUUCCUGGCCAUUGCAAAAAAGAUGCCAAAAACAGAUACCCAAAACCCUACACAUGCAGCGCGACAUCGGGGCGUCAACCUCCAGGACCCAGACGCCCACUCUACCAGAGCAUGCUGUGGUGGGAACUAGACCUCUCCAACAGCAGUAUUCCACCAUCCACACCACCACAGCCCUUCAACCAUCCUGUCUCCUUCAAGCAACUUACAGGGGUGAGCCUGGUGCGGGGGAUACCCGGUAUCCGCUCACUCCCUUCCCCUCCGUUCAUCUUCCUGUCCAAGUAGACAGAAAAUCAGAGACAGAAAAUCUAAGGAGAGAAUCAGAGGAAAGGAAGAGCAAGCAGAGAUGGAGGAGAAAGACACAUCUGUGUCUUCUUGACCACCAACUGAGAUUCUGCAUUUUUGAAACUACAAGAGGAAGUGAAGACUGAGCAGAGGAAAAUAAAGAAUGUGGAAGACAGUGGCAAGUCUGUUGUAGUAUUUAGCACUAAUAGUGAAUUUUCUUUCAUUUUCAUUCUACCCUGCAUCAUUUCAGUCACAGCCCCGUUCGUGUAAAAAUGCACAAAAUGAGCAGCAUGCCGGCGAGUGGCAAGACGUAUAGGAAGAAGCCAAAUAAUUGGGUUUCUUCUUCUCCUCUGUCAGAGCCCGCACGAGCUCUGUUUGCCUCCUUCUAGUCCUGAAUCAAUCAAAUCAUGCUGUGAAUAAUGACAUAUAUUACCAUUGGAAUGAUUCCAUAAUUCAUAAUCCCUUUGUGUCCUGCCUGACCUCUCGUGGCGUCACUGGCACAGUCGAGACCCGCAUCACAUCAGAUCAGACCCACGGCAUAGUUUGCCCAGCAUAAGUCAAUUUGUACGUAUUUAUUGUCUGGUGUUUUGACUCCUCUUGAAUCCCACUCACACUACUCCUCUCCUGUUGUCCAGAACUUAAACUUCUACAAAGCUCUGAUUUAAUGAGGCUGAUGAUUUGACAUUUUGUUUUUGCGACACAUUUGGUCCAACAGACUUGCUUGUGUAAUGACAGGUUGCUGAAGUGCAGUGUUGGAUUUUAAUGCCUUGUUGAUUGCCCUUAAGGAAAAAAUGUUUAGCACCACAGGCUGUAGCUCUUAACAGCAACAAUAUAGACUUGAUAUGAUUGUAUGGAGUCACGUGACUUUAAUAUAGCUAUGUACAAGCAGGAAACCGUUAGCUCUAACUAAUUACAUGGCUGUAGCAGAGAACAUCUUAAACCCAAAAAAGGUAGUACUGCAUCAAAUACAUGAUUUACCAAGUCGCUGUUUGAAUGAACAGCUUCAACUCAUUUUUUAAUGUUCACAGUGAGUUCUGGGUAAAACCAGGAAACGAUGCCAAGAUGAAAUGCUAAAUAUUGCUCUAUGAUAUAUCGGAGGCUGAUUUGUAAUAAACCUGUACCACGCGCCGUAGGAGAAUAUGCCCAUGUUGUGUUUAUGUGUCCCUCAUCCUAAGGCUUAAAGUUGUUGCUGAACAUGAAAUCAUAGUGAUUCUUAAUGGUUUUACUCACUCAUAGAACUCCAUAUGAUGCUCUUAAAACAGAGUUGUGUGCUUGGUUGCUGUCCAAAGCUUGGCUGAAGAAACCAAGUAAGAAAUUGAUAAAAACACACAUACAAAAAAAACAAAAAAAAAAACAAACAGAAGUGCCUAUUCCCAGUUUUCUUUCUGUGACUCAUGUUCGGGGCUUUCUCUAAGUGUGUGCUUCGCUUUCCCUCACAUAGGCUUGUACGAUAAAACAAUAACUCGGCACUCAUUAGGCUAUACUGUAUCGGCUCUUUGUAUGGAUGUAAAGAGAUCUUGUUGAAUUCACUGUAUGUCAUAUUGUCUUAAUUUUAAUGAAGGUGUAUGUUGAUUUUAGCACAUUUGUGAAACUGGAAUGGAUUGUUUAGACUCUUAAUGUUAUAAAUCUGUUCGAUUUAAACAAA